AUUUCCACCUUCACGAUUGUCUGAACAUCCACAGUCCCCCUGGAUACUUUUACCAGCAGCGGCACGUAAACAGGUUCAUGAAAUAUAUGCAUGCUGUGCUGGUCAGAGCUCACCGUUAUGCAUCCUGAGAGGUGCCGAUGAGCUGCAAACUAAAGCCAAAGAGGAGCCAGUGACAUGUGAAGAAGAGUGCAGAAACAGCGGAGACAGAGCUCACCAAAGCUGCCUGGACACUGACGGAGUCAAAGUGAAAACUUUCACACAGCUUUUACAUAGCUUCAGAUACAGCUGCAUUUGCUGUGGCUUAUGACUGAUAUGAUAUAGCCUAUUCUGCUGACAGAUAGUUAAAACUUUACAACUUCUGUCCAAUAAAUGGUGGCACUGCACAAGCUACUUUAUAUGCUGCCAUAACAUGCACAGACAAUGUUUGAAUCAUCAUUUAUUGAUGGUGCGAGAUGGACAGAUGGCACUGCUUCCAGUAACCAGAAAGUGCUAGAUGACAUCCAGCACUAGGUGCACUGUUAGCAGGCCACACUAGAUGAGCAAAGGCAGUUAGUAGCGGACCCAACUGACAGAGACGGACAGACAGCCCUAAAUGUGCAGCGGCAGAUAGCAGUAGUCUCUUGUUUUAGCGAGCUUGCAUAGGGCCAGGAAGGCGAGGUUCAUCUAGUUUAUGCCAUGAAUCCCCGAGACAGAGCGGAGAUGAUGGAGACUGAGUCUGGAGAUCAAAAGCAAGAGUUGGUUGGAGACAAGAUUGGCCAAAGGAGGGAGGUUGAGCGUGAGGAUGACAAGACCCCAGGGACUUUCGAUUGCAAUGUUUGCGGACGCAGCUUUUCCUUCCUGAGCUCUCUGUCCCAGCACAUGAGAUGCCAUACAGGCGCACGUCCUUACAAAUGCCCCUAUUGUGAGCACCGCGCCUCUCAGAAGGGCAACCUCAAAGUUCAUAUUCGCAGCCACAAACUUGGCACGCUCUCCAGCCACCACACCAAUGAGGACGAAGAGGGUGGGGUCGUGGAGGAAGAGGAGGCUGCUUCUGCUGAGGUGAGUGUCUCUGAGGGUCUCGAUGGAGGGACGAGCCCAACUAAGAGCGCCUCAGCCUGUAAUCGGAUGAUCAAUGGGGACAGCGCAGAGGAAAACCGCAGAAAAUUGCCUGCCAGGAACAUAAAGAGGGAGAAGCUAGCAACGGGGCAGCAGCCUUACUGCUGUCGUCUAUGUGGGUACGAGGCCCAGCGGGAGGACCAGCUCCUUAGCCAUAUUGAAAAGGCCCACAUAACCGCGGACACAGAGGAGGAGGUCUCCGCAAAGGAAGAGGCUGGGACAGAGGGGGAUGUCAUCCAGCCACAGAGCGAUGGGACCUUCCCCUGUGCAUCUUGUGGACAAGUCUUCACUCAAGCCUGGUUCUUGAAGUCACACAUGAAGAAACACGCGGGCAUCCUGGAGCACUGCUGCCGCAUCUGUGGUCGACGCUUCAGGGAAGCUUGGUUCCUUAAGUCCCAUAUGAAGACUCACAGUACGAAGUCCAAGUCCAGACCGAAAGUUGACUCCUCUGAGCCCCCGGCCACUAUUAACAAUGUAGCCCAGGACCCUGAUAUUGUCACUGGUUCUGUUACAUCUGUCUAUCAGAUCUGCUCCAAGUGUGGGAACCUAUUUCACAACAGAGAGAGCCUGAGAGCUCAUGAAAAAGUUCACAAUCACAACUAUGGCAGAAAGCCUCAGAGCCAACGCAGAUCCACUGAAGAGGAGGGCUCACCAGCUGCUAAAAGACGCUUCCUGGACUACCUCAACCUCCAACCUUCUGAGGAGAAAAUACGGGAGGAGGAGAGUGAGAGGAAGAGACUCGGCCAAAGAAUCCCAGAGAUAGAUCCUGUUUGCAGCUACCAGGCCUGGCAACUAGCCACCAAAGGCAGGGUUGUGGAGCCAAUCGAGCCCAGUUUUAAGGCCUUGUCCGGGGGAGGGAGCAUGGGGGACGACAAGGCCCUGGUGGGAGCUGCUGUUGUUUAUGAGAAAGAGAGCAGUCGCUACGUUCUGCAAGGCCAAGAGAAAAGUUCCACGGGUCGACGCAGCAGCUCUGGGCUAGGAGGCCACGGCUCAUCCGGAGACCGGACCCCAGAGAGCCUCAGUGACUCAGAAUACCGUCCAUCUUCCCGCCAGGAACGACGACGGUCGUCGCAGUCACAGGCCUCCUCCAAGUCCAAUGAGUGCUUUGAGUGUGGGAAGGUUUUCCGCAGGCGGCACCAGCUGAGUGUCCACCAGCGGGUCCACAGGAAAGAUGGAGGAAAGGGGUCCGGAGGAGAGAAAGAGAGAACUACCGGAGAAGACCGAUUGGGGUCCGUCAGCGAUCCAGAGUCAGGUUCCCUGAGCCGAUCCAGCACCCCGAGCUAUGGAGAAUCCCCGCCGGCCUCCACGCUGGGCAAUCAAUCCUCAGAGACGAGCCAUGCCAAUGCAGGCCAGGUGGCAGAUGAGAAGCCUUACAUCUGCAGUCUAUGCGAUUUUGUCACCAAAGAGUCACAGGCAUAUCUAUCUCAUGUACGCAUCCACCACCCAGCUGCCCAUGACAGCAGACCCGACGUCAACUCCGGCUACAGCUCCAGCUCAGAGAGAGCCACCCGCUGUGCUUACCCCAAAAUGAAGAGCACCCUUCUCCAGGGACUUGCUCCUCAACCUCACCUUUCUGUUGGAUCCCCCAAGGAAGAAGCCCCAGUGCAAGUCCAGUCAGUGCCAACUGAUCCCAAUUUGAACCCAGUGGACCUGUGUGUGAGGGCCGAAGGCUGCAGAGGCUUGGCAUCUACAGCCAUGGACAGGGCUGGCCUCCCCAACCAUAAGUGCUCCUUCUGCUCUCACUCCACCCGCUACCCUGAAGUGCUGUGGAUGCACCAGACGGUAGCUCACCGAAUCAACAGCAGUAGUUCCUCUAUAGCUCCUAAAUGGGCGCUGAAGAGCAGUUCCAAGGCCACCAGAGACAGCGCAUCAUUAUUCAGAAGACGCACUGGUCCGCCGCCGGUUCUUGAUGGGAAGGAGUGUCCCCCGCUGCCUCAAGUGGUGCGCACCCUGCGCACCAGGCCCCCGAAGGCCAGUGAGAAUCUUAACAAGAAUAAGGCAGCCGGUCAUCCUAUCACAGCACCAUCUUUCCCUUCCUCCUCCCUCUCUUCCUCUUCCUCUUCCUCCAGAGGCUUCUCAUCCAGCUCAGGUAGCCAGGCCAUGAGGCACUCUGUUCGGCCAGGCAGUAGCGGCGGAAGCAGUGGGAGUGGCAGCAGCAGCAGACACAUGGAGGACCCGGGCCAUCUGUCUCGCUCCAGGCCCAGGGUAGAUAUAUACCCUCGAGGAGGUUCAUCAUCAUCCGCUAGCUCCUUGGAGAAAAGCACCGGGGCUCCCCAGCGGCCCUCAGGUCCUAGUCCUAGCUCUGCAGCGGGGAACAAACUGGUGGACCGGUGCUUGAUACCUCAGGAGGGCCUUGGCUUUAUGCUGUCUAGCAAACACGGCCUAGCGGAGUACAGCAGAAUCAGGAGCUCCUCAGAGCCCUACAAGAGCAGCAGUUCCCCUCACCAACCACAUAGCGCCUCCUACAGCCAGGGUCGGGCUAACGCCACCAGGCCUACAACCAUCGUCACGCACAGCUCUUCAACAGGACGGGGCUACGGAACCUCCCAGACACAUGGAGGCGCUCUCCAGACGUCCCCCACCUUUUCCAUGUCCUCAGGGGCUCUUGGGGAUGUAAAGGAGGGGAAGAGAGCAGACACACAGGAAAUGCCCAUGGAAAUCCUCAGCUUACUAAAAAAUUACAACCCAAAUGAACUGGCUGCCCUUUAUCACCGCUGGGGUGCAGCCAAUGCCCUGUUGGAUCCCACUGGGAUGCUGAGGUCUCUGAUGAGACAGGGACAGUACGUCUGCCACGAGUGUGGGAAGAGUUUCAGUCAACCCAGCCACCUCCGCACCCACAUGAGGUCUCACACAGUUGGGUUUGAUUUUAAUGGACUCCACAGAGGUACUGACGCUCACACCACCGCUUCCGAAGCUCCCAAACAAGGGAGAGACCAUUCUGCUGCCACCUCUGCCCGUACCGAGCCUCUCAGAAAGGGAACCUAAAGACCCAUGUUCAAAGCGUCCACCAUAUGCCAUUUGACAACAGCCAGCACCCAGAAAUCAGGAGCCCAGGAUCGGGCCAGGAGAAAGGGCAAAGGCCACCAAACACCCCCCCACCAUACAAUAACAGCAACAACAACA